AUGGUGGAGGGUGGAGAGGGGACAACGAGAGAGCAGCAAUCGGACAUGGCAUUCAUGCAGCAGCAAUCGGGCAUGGCAUUCAUGCAGCAGCAAUCGGGCAUGGCAUUCAUGCAGCAGCAAUCGGGCAUGCCAUUCAUGCAGCAGCAAUCGGGCAUGCCAUUCAUGCAGCAGCAAUCGGGCAUGGCAUUCAUGCAGCAGCAAUCGGGCAUGGCAUUCAUGCAGCAGCAAUCGGGCAUGGCAUUCAUGCAGCAGCAAUCGGGCAUGGCAUUCAUGCAGCAGCAAUCGGACAUGGCAUUCAUGCAGCAGCAAUCGGGCAUGGCAUUCAUGCAGCAGCAAUCGGGCAUGGCAUUCAUGCAGCAGCAAUCGGGCAUGGCAUUCAUGCAGCAGCAAUCGGACAUGGCAUUCAUGCAGCAGCAAUCGGGCAUGGCAUUCAUGCAGCAGCAAUCGGGCAUGGCAUUCAUGCAGCAGCAAUCGGACAUGGCAUUCAUGCAGCAGCAAUCGGGCAUGGCAUUCAUGCAGCAGCAAUCGGGCAUGGCAUUCAUGCAGCAGCAAUCGGGCAUGGCAUUCAUGCAGCAGCAAUCGGGCAUGGCAUUCAUGCAGCAGCAAUCGGGCAUGGCAUUCAUGCAGCAGCAAUCGGGCAUGGCAUUCAUGCAGCAGCAAUCGGGCAUGGCAUUCAUGCAGCAGCAAUCGGGCAUGGCAUUCAUGCAGCAGCAAUCGGGCAUGGCAUUCAUGCAGCAGCACAAAGGCCGAUAA